AUGGCGAUUCUUCUGCUGGUUUUGGUGAUUUUUGUGCUCGUGAUUUUGGCGGUUCCGUGGUCCGAUGUGUUUUUUGAUGAGAGGGAUAUUUAUGCGGGACAAUUUUUGAAAUCGGUUUUUGAUUUUACUGUUGCGUUGUGAGUUUUUUUGGAGGAGGAAAAAUAUAUUUUUGAAAAUUUUACUGUUUCAAAAAUUGAAUGAAAGAUGUGAGAGAAAAUUGUCUAUUAAUAAAAUAAAAAGGGGUUUUCAAAAUACUAAUCAAAUUAAUUUUCUAAUCAACAAAAAUAAUUUCCGGAAAAUUUUACUGUUUCAAGAAUUCAAUGAAAGCUCAAAACCUCAAUGCUCCAAUUAAUCAACAAAAAUUAUUUUUUGAAAAACUUACUGUUUCAAAAAUUCUAUAAGAAUCCAAAAAUAAAAUUUGAAUUGGUAAUUUUCCUUUUUUUUUAGCGAAAAGUAUUUCUUGAAUUCUGUAAUUUUUCUCGAUUUUUUAAAAUGAAAUUGUUGUUAAUUUUCUGGAUUUUUAAAUAUUAAUUUUUUUGAAACGUAUUAUUUUCAUUUAUUGAAAAAUAUUUGUUUUUUUUGAGAUUCUAUUUUUUGUUGUUGAAAAAUUUCACUGUUUCAAAAUUUCUAUGAGAAUCCGAAAAUAAAAUUCGAAUCGCUAAUUUUAUCUUCAUUAAGCGAAAAGUAUUUCUUGAAUUCUAAAAUUUUUUUCAAUUUUUUAAAACUGAAAUCUGUAUCACUAUUCAAUUGUUGAAAUAUUGAUUUUUUGAAACGUAUUAUUUUCUUUUAUUGAAAAAUAUUUGUUUUUUGAAAAAUUGUAUUUUUUUUUUGUUGAAAAAUUUUACUGUUUCAAAAAAUUUAAUGAAAGCUCAGAGAAAAUUGUGUUUUUAAUUAUUUUAAAAGUAAUUGUUUUUAAUACUAAUUAAAUUAAUCGUCUAAUUAACAAAAAAAUUUUCUGAAAAAUUUUACUGUUUCAAAAAUUCUAUGAGAAUCCAAAAAUAAAAUUUGAAUUGGUAAUCUUCCUUUUUUUUAGCGAAAAGUAUUUCUUGAAUUCUAAAAUUUUUCUCAAUUUUUUUAAAUUAAAUCUGUAUCACUAUUCAAUUGUUGAAAUAUUAACUUUUUGAAACGUACAAUUUUCUUUCAUUGAAAAAUUGUAUUUUUUGUUGUUGAAAAAUUUUACUGUUUCAAAAAUUCUAUUAAAAUCCGAAAAUAAAAUUAUAUUUUUAAUUAGAAGUUAAAAUGUAUUUGGGAAAACCUUACACGUAAUCUGCCACGCCUAGGAGUCGAGCCUGAAUCCAGUCUAAGCCCAGUCCAAGCCCAAGCCCAAAAACCCAGGCCUAACCUUUAUUUUUCCAGAUCCGCAAUCCUGCUUCCUCUAACCAACAUAAUAAUCCUGAAAAAAAUCAACCACCCUGGCUUCCUUCGAAAAUUGCGAUGGCUUUUCCCAAACCAGAAAAUAUCGAUUCAAAUUCAUCCAAAACACGCCGAAAAAGACACGCUACAGUACUUUGAGACGCUGAAAAUGUCAUGGAAAUGA